UUUGCCAUGGUAUUCAAACCAGACCAAUGUUGAUGUGAAGAAGAAUAUGCGAAGCUGAAUUAAAGUUUUAAUAAUUAAAAGAAUUAAACAUGGCAAUUGCCUCAGGAGCAUGGCAUGAGUAUUUACAAAAUCUGCAUAAAUUUGCAUACAAAUAAUACAGUAAUCUUAAAGCAUUAUUUCUUGUUUUAAAAUGCGGCAUACCACAUGUCACCACAUGUGCCUCUUGUGUGAGAAGGGGAGUGGAAUGAUGAUCCCUGUUUAAUUCAUUGAAAUGUUUUUGUUUCCUAAGUGCCCAAUUAGUUAGGGCCAGCUUGUCAACUGAUCAAAAAGUUUUUAAUUAAUCUGAUGUGAAUGUGCAUUUGUAGAUUGGCACCUGAAUGUUCCACUCUCCAACUCUGCCCUGUGUUUGGUUGUUCAUACGUAACCUUGCAGAAUAAGUACCUACUUGGUUGGACUGAGAAGGCUUAGUUGACAGAGCAUGACAAUCUCAGGGUUGGGGGUUCAAGCCCUAUGCUGGACAAAAGAUUCCUGCAUUGCAGAGGGUUGGACUAGAAGAUCCUCAGGGUCCCUGACGACACCGCAAUUCUAUAAUUUUCAAUUUAGUGGGGCUUACUUCUGAAUAGACUUUGCAGAAGUAGAUUUGAGCACCUACUAGCGUUCAUACCUGGCCGAUCUUGGGGGGGAAACUAUAUUCUGGAUAACGAGUUAGAACGUGUUUUUACAAGCAAGUCCUCGCGUUCAGAUGAUACUUUGGAUGAAGUGACAAGGAAAGAACUGUGCACAGACACUUUCUGCAAAGUUUGUGGAGCUGUACUGCAGUUUGAAUCGCAAAGGGCUGCACACUACGAGGGCAAAAGGCACGCUCAGAAAGUCCGGCUUUAUUUACAGAUGCAUAGUGAACAGAAGGAUGGGCAGGAGCCCAGCAAACAGAAGUUACAGUAUGUGAAUUUCCAGAUGGACCCAAAUGUGGACGAAAACACCUACUGCAGGCUUUGCAACAUGGUCUUCACGUCCCCAAUAGUUGCUCAAUCACACUACCUGGGAAAGAUUCACACCAAGAAGAUGAAACGGCUGUCGGAAGAUCAGGCACAACAGCCUUUGCAGAACGCUCAGCCAGAACCUGGUCCCUCUGCGGUUCCAUCUCUGCCGGAGCCAUCUGUUGAAAACGCCUCGCAGGACACUGAUGUGAAAGACCCGUCGCCAUCCUGUAAAGCCACGUUGGAUCUAGACGAUCCGGAUAAAUUCUGCAAGCUUUGCUCGGCGCCCUUCAACAACCCGCUUAUGGCCCACCAACACUACGUGGGCAAGAAGCACAAAAGGAACGAAGCGCGCAAGAAGCUGAUGACCGAGAUGGGAUCUGAGGCCGUUCCCGCGGAGUCCCAGGCCAAUGCAGUUGGAGUGGGCAAGUAUAUAUGCCCCAUAUGCAACAUCAGUCUCACGUCCAUAGAAAUGUACCAGUCGCACAUUCAAGGAAAUAAGCAUCAGAUAAAAGAAACCCUGAUUUCCAACCUAAUAACGAACUCCAAGAAAACAUACGGCUCCUUCCAAGAUGAAUUGGAAGAUUAUAUUAAAGUACAAAAAGCAAGGGGGCUGGAACCAAAGACCCACUUCAGAAAGCCAGAAGAAGAGUUUCAAAUGGAAGAGUAUGGUGCCAUGAAUGGCCACGAACGGGGCUUUGGAUUUGAUCGGGAUCAGUUUUCCGGCGACGCUAACACACCAGAGCAGUAUUCUGGCAUUUUCUCAGAAACAUGUCCACCUUUGUAUUCUGCUAGCAGCAGAUUGUCCCAUUGGCCGCCAGGGUACAGAGACCUGCCGAAACUAGAAAAUGCACCCGUUUCUCAGCACAGCACAGGUGGUUCCCUAGAAAAGCAGGCAUCUCCAUUGGCCACCUACAAAAGUGACAAUUGCAACCCAUCAUCCGAAUCCGUUGAUGGCUACAAACAUCUACCUUCCGAUAGUAGCUCUGCCUUUCAUAGGAGGAGCCAGAAGUCGCCAAAGACAUUCAGAAAGGAGGAAGAAUGUUCAGGAGAGGAAGACGGCGACCCUCGCCCACCCCUUGCUAAGUUCAGGAGAAAACAGCGCUGCGAAGGAGACGCAAACUUUGGAAAGGGCGGAGAGAAGAGGAAGAGAAAGAAAGAGGACGGCGACUCAAGUGCCGAGUCGAAAUCGAAGCACGGUAAGGACAGAGGAAAUACAGAGGGAUCUUCUGAGAAGGAGAGCAGGAAGCACAAGAAGGAGAAAAAGAAAGCUGAAGCCGGAGGACCAACAGAGGAGGAGAUGCUGUGGGAUGAAUCCAUCCUGGGAUUCUGAGCUUCUCCUAAUGAAUGAAUUUUUGCGUUCAUUUGAACCGUUGUGCACUUUUAUGUUUCCAUUACUGGUUACUUUCCCUGCCCCCCCCUUUUAAUUCCUUGUUCAGGAAUAAUGAAUGACAGGCACAAGAUCUCUUAGCAAAGCACUAGGGAAGAAGUGGAACUGAAAUUUUGUUGUACUCUAUGAAACAUAAUUUGCCAUUUUCAGUACUUAUCCUGAAGCAGCGUUUAAUGCGUUAUGAAUUUAGUGUGUAAUAUUCUUUCCGGUAGCAUUUAAAUGCAGGUUUAAAAAAACCCAAAAAGCUAUGCAUUGUCUAUGGUUGCAGCGAUAUCUGUGUUGUUGAAAGCUUUAAUAUGAAAGUAUGGGGGCAGGGAGAGGGUAUAUUCCAUUUCUUCUUUAUAAUUGUUUUCCCCUUCCAGUUCUGAAAGUAUAAAAUAACACAUUAAACCAAGAAGAGGAAACUAGUUGAAUGUAUAUAUAUAUAUACACACACACACACACACACACACCCUUUACAUCUCAGGUUCAUUUUAUUUAGGUAUAGUUCUUAAUCCUAAACCCCAACACCACCUCAUCAAAAUCUCUCAUAAAGGUUUAUUUGACUACAACAGGUUUCACUGUUGAAACUGGGGUGAGGACCUUGCUUUCUGCAGUGCCUCACUGCCCACUGGUGCUUUGAAGCCCCAAUUUGAGGACUUCAAAGCACCACAUCCCCUGACGCCAUUUGUAAACUCAAGUGAUUGCCCACCUUUUAAAUUUGGCCCACGAGCCAGAUCCUGAUAGGGAUCUGGACCAUGGACCCAAAAAAUUUCCCCAUCUCUGGCUUCAAAUGGUGAUUGUCGCCAUCUCCAACAGGUAAGAGGUGCUUGUAAAGUUCAAGGAUGGUUUUUCUGAAAACGAAACACUAUUUAAGAGUGUUCAAGGAUCGGGGAUUAAGGCAGUCAGUUUAAAAUGAGAAUUAAGAUGCCCAGAAAUUCAUGCCUGCUUUUAAAGGCAUGGAAAUGGUUGAAGCAAUGUUUGCCUUUACUUUUAUGUAGACAGUAAAGAUGAUUUCUGAAAAGCG